CUCGUCCCCAGGACCUCUUUUCGCUUUUUUGAUAUCGGGGAUGGCGCGAAGAAGAAGGCCCUGGACCCGGCCGCUUUCUACACCCAGAAAUCUUGGGUGUAGACUGCAGCGUCAGCACUUUUGCUAAAUGUCGACAGUUCUUUAUAUGGAUAUGUGACAUCCAUAUUUGGAGUAAAACUAAGAAUUUAAAAUUAUUUCAAAAAGUGAACGGCGAGUUAAAGUGUUAAAAGGGUUCCGUUUUUCAAAAUGGACAAGAUAUUGCAAUUAUUUUGUAGAUUGCAACAAACUUUUUUAAUUAAUAACAUAAAUAAUAUUAUCUUAAAGCCACAGCAAGUUAAAUGUUUCAAGCUUCUUUUAAAUGGAUAUGAUGUUAUUGGUGUUUUACCUACUGGAUUUGGGAAAUCCUUGUUGUUUCAUUUGUUGGCAGACUUUUUGCCAAGAAAGAGUGACCAAAAUAUAGUAUUGGUGGUGUGCCCUCUUAAUUCUAUCAUAGAGGACCAGUUGAAAGUUUUAGAAGUGAGAGGUAUUGGUGCUGGGGUGCUUCAUUUGGAGCAAACAGUUGUGCCUGAAAAUUGUUUUCGUGAUGAGAAUGGUGAGCCUGAAAUACCAAUUUCAAUUAAAAAUGGCGAAUUGAAACUAGUAUUUGCUCACCCAGAAUCUCUGCUUAGUGUCAGAGGACGAGAAUUGCUAAAAAGUUCUGUUUACCAAGAAAAUGUUGUCAGUUGUGUUAUAGAUGAAGCACAUUGUGUAAGCAUGUGGUAAGUGAAUCAUUUUUUUUUGUGUUUUUUUUUUUAAAAAAAAGACAGGGCUGGCGAACACUUUUAUGCUAGAAACGAAUUUUAAAAUGUUUGGUAUGCGACAAUGUAAAACUUUAUUUUGGAUGUUGUCUCCACUUCACGAAUCAAUUCGCCUACCCUGACUUUGUCACUGGUGAACUCAAGCUUCCAGUGUGUAUUUUUAAUUAUUAUAUAUAAACAAAAUAUUUUUUCUCUCUCUACUUAAAACUACAUACAUACAUACAAUAUAUUAUAAAUAAAACUAUGCCGUUCAAGUAUAUUCAUAAAUUUAAAACUUUGUAUAUUGCUACAUAAAAUAACAUAUAUUAUAUAUAAUGUGUAUCUUCAAAAAAUAUAAAAU